CUGGUUGAGUGGCCUUCACUGGAUUUAGCCUGUCAGAACGGUAUUCAUACCAGAGCAACGUGGGAAAAAGUAGUUGAAAUGUGCGUGAAUUCCUUGUUUUAUACGACGAAAUGUAAAGUAAGCCUAUUAGAUAUCAAUUGAUAAGCUUAUGGCUCGUGAGUAAAGUCUUCGAUGAACUUACUUCGACACAAGUUCUACAUCUCAGUACUACAUCUGUAACUUGGGCGAAGGCAAAAUGAUCGCUACUCAGGUACUGUCUGAAUUUGUUAACUGAGAGUUGAUUGGGUCAAAAGCAAAACAGACUGCUCCCCUCCCAAACCUCCAGUUCCUGGGCCUCACUGAAACACAUCUCCUAUCAUGAAUGAAGUUAAUAUUGUCAAAGAGGGUUGGCUUCACAAAAGAGGUGAAUAUAUCAAAACAUGGAGACCGAGGUAUUUCAUCCUAAAGAGUGACGGUUCCUUCAUCGGUUACAAGGAGAAGCCUGAUUUCAGUGAUCAGACCUCCCCACCACUCAACAACUUUUCAGUGGCAGAAUGCCAGUUAAUGAAGACUGAAAGACCCCGCCAAAACACAUUUGUCAUCCGUUGCCUUCAAUGGACCACUGUGAUUGAGCGCACCUUCCAUGUGGACAGCAACGAGGAAAGAGAGGAGUGGAUGCGGGCCAUUCAGUCUGUUGCAAAUAGUCUGAAGAUGAGGGAACAGGAGGAGGACGAACCCAUGGAUGUGCUGGGCUUACCAAGUGAAAGCAGUCUGGAGGAGAUGGAAGUGGCUAUGUCUAGAGGCUGUUCCAAAGUGACAAUGAGUGACUUUGAGUACCUAAAGCUGCUUGGCAAGGGUACAUUUGGAAAGGUGAUUCUGGUCAAAGAGAAGUCUACUGGAGUGCAUUAUGCCAUGAAAAUACUGCGAAAGGAAGUAAUCAUUGCAAAGGAUGAAGUGGCCCACACAGUAACAGAGAGCAGAGUCUUACAGAACACACGACAUCCCUUCCUGACGACUUUGAAGUAUGCCUUUCAAACUCACGAUCGUCUCUGUUUUGUAAUGGAGUAUGCGAACGGUGGUGAGCUCUUCUUCCACUUGUCACGUGAACGAGUGUUCACAGAAGACCGGGCACGCUUCUAUGGUGCUGAGAUUGUGUCAGCACUGGAGUAUCUCCAUUCACGUGACGUAGUUUACCGGGAUUUGAAGCUUGAGAAUUUGAUGCUGGACAAGGAUGGCCACAUCAAAAUCACAGAUUUUGGUCUUUGUAAAGAGGGGAUUACCCCUGAUGCUACCAUGAAAACUUUCUGUGGAACUCCUGAGUAUCUGGCACCAGAGGUCCUAGAAGAUAAUGACUACGGCCGGUCUGUGGACUGGUGGGGUCUUGGUGUGGUCAUGUAUGAGAUGAUGUGUGGUCGUCUACCUUUCUACAACCAGGACCAUGAACGCCUGUUUGAGCUCAUCCUCAUGGAGGAGAUUCGCUUCCCCAGGAACUUAUCACCUGAGGCCAAGUCCCUGCUUGCAGGCCUGCUCAAGAAAGACCCUAAGCAGAGGUUAGGUGGAGGUCCCAAUGAUGCCAAAGAAGUAAUGAAUCACAAGUUUUUCAUCACCAUCAACUGGCAGGAUGUGGUGCUAAAGAAGCUCACACCACUCUUCAGACCACAAGUGACAUCAGAAACAGACACGCGCUACUUUGAUGAGGAGUUCACUGCCCAGACUAUCACUCUCACUCCUCCAGACAAGUAUCACAGUGUGGACUGUGAGGACCCAGGCCAGCAAGCACAUUUCCCACAGUUCUCCUAUUCUGCUAGCAUAAGAGAGUAAAAGUAUCUCUCUCCCAUAGACAACCAUCAUCACAAGUAAAUGACAUAAGGGCUACCGUUUCAUCUGUAGCAUGCCCUUUACCUCUAUCUUGAUAAGGUUUUAGUCCCAUCGGGAUCUCUAAGUGCCUCAACGUGGGGCUGUAUUGUUCUGGAGAAGCCCCGUUUCAUCUACACUACAGACAAAGCUUGGCUUUACUGACUCUACCGUAUCAAACUGAAGUACCUCCAAUGGUCACAGGUCAGCCAAACUUUAGAAUAUCCAAGAUCCAUCAUGUAUCAGGAAUUUGUAGCACAUUUAAUGGCCUUAAAUACUACCGCUGCUCUUUCAGGCUGCAAACCUCAGCAAUUCUUAAAACACUAUCCUUUUAUGUCUUACUAAAACCCUUGUGGUUCCCUAAAGAUUUUCCAGAUGCUUUCCAUUAUAUUUAUAAAUUAGCUGUUAUCAAUUGUAACAGGUCUACACAUGAGGGAGAGAGUAUUUUUUUUUUGUUAGGUGUGUAUGUAGAUGUCCUUUGUUUAGAACAUGGUAGCUAAUUGUAUGUCUGUAGUUAGUUCAGUGUGCCAUUGACAGCAUGAGCUUUUUUUGUGUGUCUGACAAAACACUUUCUCAACCCCAAGUUGAACACAUUUGGAGAUAUCUGCUAAACAUGAGUCUGGUUCUGCUGGAGGUUUCUGCCUGCCAAGGGCAGUUUUUCCUUGCCAAUGUAAUUAUGCUAAAUGCUGCCAAGAUAAAUGCUCAUGGUGGAUAAAUGUUGGGUCUUUGUAAAUAAUGGUCUAGACCUGGUCUUUGUUAAAUGUCUUGAGAUGAUGUUUGUUAUGAAUUGGCGCUAUACAAAUAAAGAUCGAUUGAUUGACUGAUUGAAAUAUACUUCUACUAUACUACUAU